UUAUGGAUUGGAUAAUAAACAUAAUGUAACUGGUCCUUUGUAUAUAACUACAGCAAGAAAAAGUAACCAUAUAAAUUUGCUGUACAUUCAGAAGAAUGGUAAAGGUCAUUACUGUUUAAUAAAAAAUCUUUUGAAGCUGGUAAAACGACAAGUAACUAAUCACACAAGUAACAUGUAUUUGUGUGAGUUAUGCUUACAGACUUUUACCAGUAAAACAAAAUAUACUUCUCACAAUUGUAAUGAAAUAUUGACUGAAUUACCAGCGAAAAAUAGUUAUUUACAAUUCAAAAACUAUGAAAGGCAACAAAAAAUUAAUUUUAUUAUUUAUGCUGACUUUGAAAGUAUUCUAAUGAAGUGUAACGAAAAUAAAUCUGAGAAUACUCGAUUAUAUGAAAUGCACCAACCGUCUUGUUUUGGUUACUAUAUUUGCUGUUCUCAUGAUCCUAAAUUAAAUAAAUAUGUUACAUACAAAGGAUCAGAUUGUGUGCAAGUAUUUAUGUGUAGCAGUGUCUUAAAUUGGUUUAUUAAUCAUUUGCCUUUUGAACUCCAUCUACCCGGAUAUAACUAUUGUGGACCAGGUACAAAAUCGUACAAAAAGAAAGGCAUUAACCAGUUGGACGAAUAUUGUAAAGAACACGACAUAGCCUAUCAGCAAUCAUCUGAUUUGAGUGAUCGGCAUAAAGCUGAUAUAAAACUGAUGAACAUGGCACGGAACCGCAUAACAGCAUCAGAUGCCAGCUUAGAAGAAAAGAUAGCAGCACAUAUAGUUAAUAAAGCGAUGAUAGCGAAAGUUAAAUAUGGAGCCGGUUUAGGAAUUAACAAAGCAGCAAAAGAUAUAAGUGGUGGUGGAUUAAAGAAACAAUUGAAAUAUAUCAUAUCUCACACAAAUAAACAUCUUAAAAAAUUAAAACCAAAGGGUAAAAAUAUGGCGAUAAAGUUGGCAAUGGCAGCUGCUAAGGAACUAGCAACAAACACUACAGUAAAGAUUCCUCGUAUUAUUCCUAUUCCGAAAACGGGAGGGUUUCUACCAUUGAUACCUAUUCUUGCUGGGCUAUCUGCCGUGGGUAGUUUAGCUGGUGGUGCAUCGGGUAUAGCUAAAGCUAUUAAUGAUUAUAAAGCAGCUGAAAAACGUUUGAAUGAGUUAAAAAGGCACAAUGAAAAAAUAGAAUCAUUAUCUAUUGGAAAAGGAUUAAGCGUUAAACCUUUUAAGGAAGGUUUCGGAAUUUAUGUAUCUAGUAAAAAAAACUAAAUAGUCGGCUACCCAAUAGAGCUCUUACUAAUAUAGAUAUUAUGAAUUAUUCAAGCAGUAUUCCUUAUUUUCGAGGAGUAUUUAUGAGAGAUGAGCUACCUAAACAUCCUCAUAAGAAAGAAUGUGGUAUCGUUAAUUUAGAUAGCUCAAAAAAUCCUGGCAGUCAUUGGGUAGCUUACGCAAAAUACAAUAAUCAUAUCGAGUACUUUGACAGUUAUGGUAAUUUAAAACCACCAAAAGAAUUAAUUCAAUAUGUUGGUUCCGAAAUGUAUUAUAAUUAUGAAAACAUUCAGCGUAAUCAUCCAUAUAAUUGUGGACACUUGUGUUUAAAGUUUUUGAACAAAUUUUGGCAUGAUAAGAAAAUAAAUAAAUAGAUCGUAAGCACUUCGUAUUGUUUAGUGUGUUAUCAUGUCUAUUGCAAUAACCAUCACGGGCAAAAGACCAUUACUUGAAUCAAGUUUUCAACCUCCUCUUAACAUAGACGAUAAAUAUGAGUGUGGCUUAAUUUAUUUUUCAGCUCUCAAUUCAAUCCCCAACAUUAAUGAGAGCAAUAAUGUAUUUGCUUAUGGCAAUGGUAAAAAAUUAAAAAUACCGUGUGGUGCUUAUGGCCUAUAUGAUAUAGCUGAUUACAUUCGAAGUCAAGUCACAGAUUGUGAUAUAAUAAUCAAACCAAAUAACAACACAUUAAAAUGUUUAAUAUUUUGUUCUAAUACGAUGAACUUUGAUGAAGAUAAUAGCAUAGGAUCGAUAUUGGGUUUUCCAAAUGUUAAAUUAGAAGCAAAUAAAUGGCACGAAUCUCAGAACCCAGUCAACAUUCUUCCUUUGUCCGUGAUAAGAGUCGAAUGUGAUCUAAUAAAGGGGUCAUAUACUAACGGAUUUCCAUCUCAUAUUUUAUAUGAAUUUGUGCCGAACGUUCCACCUGGGUAUAGAUUUAUAGAAGUACCGAAAAGUAUUAUUUACUUUCCUGUGAAUAAAAAUAUCAUAUCAUCAAUAAAUAUAAAAAUUCUUGACGAACAAGGUCGGUACAUUGAUUUCAGAGAAGAGUGUUUCAACCUACGUCUCCAUUUGAGAAAACAGGAUGAUUGUGUUUAAUAAAAAUUCAAAUACUUUAACAAAACGUAUUACUACUCCUCGAGUUGAGCAACGUUACAGACGUAUUAAAUCUUAUAAAACACUUACAAGAAGUAAUAAAGAGUUUCUUCGCUCGUUAGGAUUUAAAUUAAGAUGAAUAUACUCCAGGUUACUGAUAUUCCACAAUUUGAUAACUCUAUCGAAAGUUAUGAAAUUCACACAUAUAGCCCUUAUAAUAAUAGUUUUAAAGAAAAUGAUGAGAUUCGGAUCCCUAUACACCAACAAGAUAUUUACAUAUUGCCAUCUGCCAGUUUUAUUUAUAUCGAAGGAAAAGCAACGAUUAUUGGUAAAGACCAUAAACCCAUUAAUACACCCGUUGAGUUUACUAACAAUGCAAUGAUGUUUUUGUUUCAAGACAUUAGAUAUGAGAUAAAUGGUUUUGAAAUAGAUCGUAUUAAGAAUCCUGGAAUAACAACAACAAUAAAAUCGCUUAUAUCUAUGAAUACCGGUCAAAGUAAAGUCGCAGCAAUAUGGGGUUGGAACAUGAAUGGAUUCAAAAGUAAUGACGGUUCCUUCAGUCUAAUUAUUCCAUUAAAUAAAAUAAUGGGAUUUGCUGAAGACUAUAAUAAAAUAAUUAUAAAUUGUAAACAUGAACUGGUUUUAAAUCGAAGCAAUUCUAAUUUAAACAGCGUGAAAUUAGAUGAUGCUCACGACAUACAAAUUAAUAUAGAAAGAAUACAAUGGCGUGUUCCGCAGGUGAAAGUAUCAGAUCGCGAAAGACUAACGUUGCUGAAAAUAUUAGAAAAAGACAAACCUAUUCAGUUAGCUUUCAGAAA